ACUCAAGGAGAACUCCCCUACGAAAGAAGUUUUAAAGAAAUCGGUCUGAUUAUUGGAAAGCAACGCUUACACCCAAAUCCCGAAGUAGCAAAGCUUGCAAAAGAAAUUGUAAAGAAAUGGAAAGAUGCAGUCAGUCCAUCUAAAGUUAAUGAUACAUCUAAUGGUUCUACAAAAUCAGCCGUUCCGGAGAGUACACCUGGACAAAAUUCUUCGUCUUCAUCACCACCUAAUACACCAUCAUCAAUCGACUCUGAAAAACGAGAACGUAGUUUUGAUCGUGAUCGCCCUCCUUAUAAAAAUACAAACAAUUCUGCGAGAGAUAAAUGUGUAAAGAUGUUAUAUGAUUCAAUGGUAUUCGAUUCAUGCGCCGAUUCUGAUAUUAUUCUUUUGCGAGCUAUUACCAUUGAAAAAACGGUAUUUGAUCAAUUUGGGAGACAAGUAAUCGACAAAUAUCGAGAUAAGUUACGUGGAUUGAUCUCUAACCUUAGAGACAAAAAGAACCCAGGCCUUAGGAAACGUAUUGUUGAUGGGGAGUUACAGGCCGAAGCCUUUUGCACUAUGUCCAAGGAAGACAUGGCAUCAGAAGAGAAAAAAGCUAGAGACAAUGAAAUUCGGCAAGAAAAUCUUUUCAAGGCACUUGGUGCUGGGCCAACACAAGCUGAAACUGAUAUGUUUCUCUGUGGGAAAUGUCGUAAUCGCAAGUGUACUUAUUACCAGAUGCAGGUAAAUGUAGUUAAAUAA